CACUCACAUCCGACUUUGAAUCCUUUUGAAAAGAAAAAAAGUGAAAGAACGCGACAACUGCUGGAAAUAAAACGCAUGCGGUUGCGGUUGUUGAAUGAAAGAUAUUUAUUUUUUAAAACUAUAACUAGAGCUUGUUUUUUUCGCAAACAAAGACGUAAAAGUCCAUUUAGAUUAUGGGAAAAAGUAAAAUUAAAACUCACUUGCAAUCAAUGGUUGAAAUACUUUAAAAUGAGCGAAAAUACCUUCAACAUUUUAUCAAGUACACUAAAACUUUAUCUGAACAGUGAAGACAUGUUACAUUUGUCAAAUGAUAAAAAGAUAGCAAUUGCUUUAAUAUCUUUGGCUUCUGGUAAAAGUAAUAAAUAUAUUGGCCACAUGUUUUCAGUGUCUAAAUCUGAUGUUGCAAAUAUCAUUCAAAAUAUUUCCACUGCAAUACUGAAGUUGAUGCCCAAACAUAUUCAAGUUCCUAAUGAAAAUUCCACUAAAAAUAUUGUAAAAUCUUUUGAAAAAAGGUGGAGUUUCCCUCAAACAACUGGUGUUCUUGGUAGUGUUCAUAUUCCUAUACAGAAAUCAUGUUUGCCUGAGAAUGCUUCCGAUUAUGUGAAUAGUGUUGGUGGCUUUUCAAUGAUAUUGCAAGGCAUAGUAGAUGCAUCAUAUUUAUUUUGGGAUAUCAAUGUAGGUUGGCCAGGAAGUGUGCCUGAAUCUCGUGUAUUUACUAGUUCAAGUCUUUGGUUGAAAGGUCAGGAACGUACACUUUUACCUGAUUAUCCAAGGAAACUUGGGAAUGUUGAUAUACCAUUAUUCAUCCUUGCUGGUUCCUCAUAUCCACUUUCACACUGGGUUAUGAGGCCUUUUUUAGUAGAAUCUUUGUCAGAGGAUGAAAAGAAAUUCAAUGAAAAAUUAACUUUUGCUUAUAAUGCUUGUGAAAUCGCUUUUAAGAGGCUCAAAGCAAGAUGGAACUGUCUUGUCAAUGGAAAUAUUUGUGCAAUUGAGGAUUUUCCUACUGUUAUCAGUGCGUGCUGUAUACUUCAUAACAUAUGUGAGGAACAAAAAGAAAUUAUAUGUGAUGACUGGAUAAUUAAAGCUGAAACUUAUUAUAAACAACCUAUUCCACAGCUUUGCAACACUGUAAUAGGACCACAGGCUGAAAAUUUUCGACAAGCGAUUAAAGAACAUUUUGUUUCUAGUGAAGGUCAAGCCUAG